AUGGCGCCACCUGAUGAGACUUCUGUCAAUAAGGUACCAGCUUUCACCAAGGAUGCAGAGGUAGAGAAAGCAGACAAGCAGAGACUUGCGGAGGAGGAAGAUGUCCCGACACUUCGAUCGUCAAGUCUCGAUAACAUUGUUGACAAAAAUGUCAAUCAGGAGCUCAAUCAAGAGGUCAAUCAGGGGGUUAACCAACAACUUAAUCAGAGGGACAACCAAGAGGUGAAUAAAGAGAUCAGUCAGGGGAUUAAUCAAGAGCUCAAUCGGAGGGUCAAUCAAAAGAUCAAUCGAAAGGUCAAAAAGCGCCUUACAUACACACAUUGGUCAAAAGAGGAAGAAAAAAUUGUUCGAGACAUCAUUUACAACCACAAAAUCAACCCAGAGACAUUCAGACUGGAUCUUGAGGAGCUGGAUAAAUAUACAGUUAAGAAGCUAGCAGAGGCAGGUUUCGUCAGAACAGAAUCGGGGGUUAGUUUUUUCCGGGUAAAACAUCCUUGUGAAGUCGAUUACAGUUUGGUAUGUGAUCUUGUUGCCAAUAUGCCUGAGUCAAUUAGUGCCAUGGAAGAAAGGGAAAAAUAUGAGAGAGCUGCCGCGAAUGCAAGCGAGCCAGUUCGUAUACGAAGUACAAUUCCUUUCCAGAGUGCAUCUUCAUUGCAGGAGUGGGAUACUUUGAGCGGAAUAAAGAACAGCCGAUUCGCGAUUAAUGGCAAGCGAAAUUACGAAGAGUACAACGACGGUCCGGCAGGAGACAGUACCAAUACUGUUAGUUCUGCUGCCGCUGCUGCUGCUGCUGCUCGGAAAUCGCAAGCACAGGCAAAUCCCACGGGAACCAACGGCAUAUUUCACCCAGUAACCAUUCAGCAGGCCUUCCUAACGACUUCUGGAUCCAAAUCCUAUGAAGUUGCCAAGACGCAAAGUGAGAUGGUUUUAAACAUGCCGUCACCAUCAAAGCGGAUGUGUGUCGCCAAUGGAAGCAAGGAAAAUCCUAUUGAGAUCCGGGACGAUUCACCAUCGCCUCAACAACAGUCAGAGAGUGAUCGAAUUGAAAAAGCCAGAGCUUCACUAGCUGAUCUAAAAAAUGAUUUAUUGGAUUGUUUCAGAAUAAAGCAUUGGAGUGAGAAGACUGUAAUGAUAUGUGAGACGCGGCUCAAGGACACAGCGGAGAUGACAGCGAAGUACACAAAGGUAGCUAAGGAGAAAGUGGACGAGAUGUUCAGAAUCCAGGAACUAAACCCAGAGUUCAGAGACUUCAAGCCAUUCGGAUAA